AUGUUGAUCGGACUGUCACCACGACGGCGGUUCGCCGUCAUCAGCAUCUUCUCCUUUGUCGUGCUCCUCGCACUCUUCUCGCGCACCGAGAUGGGCGUAACGGCCCUCGACACCGUCAAGGAAAAGCUGCCGCUGCCGCCCAUGCGCAGCGGACAGGGACAAGGAAAGGAAGAAAAAGAAAAGCCACGACCGCACCCCAAGUACAAGCCGCUGCCCUCCGACAACAACGGAUACGUCCCGCCGCCGGUGCGCGAACCCUUCCCGCUGCUAGCCAACUCGGACGCGUCGACGCUGCCGCCGCCGAUCCCUGAGUGGAACCGCCCGCGGCCGAAUCUGCACACCGAGUACGGCCUCGCGACGCCGCCGCCCCUGCUCAUUGGCUUCACGCGGUCGUGGCCGAUGCUGCUGCAGGCGGUGGUGUCGUACAUCACGGCCGGGUGGCCCGCCGAGCAAAUCUACGUGGUGGAGAACACGGGCGUGCAGCAGGCCAACACGCGCGGCCAGCUGACGCUGCAGCACCCGUUCUACCUCAACCACACGACGCUGCGCCGGCUGGGCGUCAACGUCGUGCAGACGCCGGUGUUGCUGACGUUUGCGCAGCUGCAAAACUUUUACCUGUCGCUGACGUACGCGCGCGGGUGGACGUACUACUUUUGGUCGCACAUGGAUGUGCUGACGCUGUCGUAUGAGGAGGGGCUGGACGGCGUGACGCCGCCGUACAGCGACAAGGGUGUGAAUGGCAAGGCCGGCUCCGGGUACAAGACGGUGUACGAGCUGUGCUGCCAGGCGCUGCAGGGCACGCUGCUCGACGACCCGCACUGGGGCCUGCGGUUUUUCGCCUACGACCACCUGGCGCUGGUCAACCCGGCGGCCUACGAGGCCGUCGGCGGCUGGGACACGCUGAUUCCCUACUACAUGACGGACUGCGACAUGCACGCGCGCCUGGGCAUGGCCAACUGGACCAUUGAGGACCGACGCGCCGGCAUCGUCACCGACGUCAACACCGUGCUCGCCGACCUGGCCGUGCUGUACCGCGUCGACGGGCUGCCGGACCCCGACUUUGUCGACCCCAACCCGCGGCCGCAGACGGCGGAGGAAAAGAAGAUUCACGGGCGCGACGAUGAGGCUGCUGCGCCCGCGCCCCCCGCCGACACCCGCCUCGACCAGUGGCGCAAGCUCCGCGACGUCUCCGACCGCAUGUUCCAGUACAAGCACGGCGACCGCGAGCGCAACACGUGGCAGGCCGGCCAGACGGGCGGCCAGGGCGAGAAGUUUUACUAUCCGGCCCAGGGCAUCGCCGAAGGCAUCGACGUCCUGACCGAGGCGGGCCGGGAGGUGUACCGGCGCAAAUGGGGCCACCGGGACUGCGACCUGGUCGACGGGGCCGGGCUGUCGCUGUGGGACCAGUGGCUCGUAGAGAAGGAUUGGUAG